ACACAGUUGUAUGAAUUCAAGGACAGCUUGUCUGGUUAAGUCAUUUGAACCUCAUGUGGACUGAAGCUGUCUAAUAGAAAGUACAUUUUCAAGUAUUUUCAAUUACCUUCAAGAGGUAAACCAAUGGAUGGCCAGGCUACUAUCCAGAGCAAUGAAGUUGCAGGAAGAUGGGAGCUCCUGGUCCGAUAUGUGUCCCUGCAGCAUGGAAGUAAGAGGAAAGUCAACUGUGGGAACAAAAUCACAGGUGGACAGUGGGUCUGGAUAGUGACCAUCAUUCUCCCACUAUGCAUGUUUGCUUGCGUUUGUGGGCAAAUGGAGGGGAUGAUGCAUUCGAGCUUUCGCAGGCUAAGUGGCCGUGAGAAGAAGGAGAUGCAAAAGGAGAUUUUGUCCAUCCUGGGACUCCCAGGACGGCCUCGUCCACACCCGCCUCUGCGUCCACCCUCGUCUGCUCCACUCUUCAUGCUGGACCUGUACCAUGCUGUGUCUGCUGAAGAGGAGGAGAGCCUAGGUGUGGGCUUUAUUCCUGAAACUGUCAGUCAUGCUGCAUUGCCCACCCUGAGCACACACACACCACCACUUGGCACUGUGGUCAGUGAGGCAGACACCGUCAUGAGCUUCGUCAACCUGGUGGAACACGAGAAAGAUCUACUCCAGCCUCGGCCCUACUGGAAGGAGUUUCGUUUUGAUCUGACACCGCUUCCUCAAGGAGAGACAGUCACUGCAGCAGAGUUCCGCAUCUAUAAAACGCUGACUGUGGGACAGAGAGCAAACCGUACACUCCAUAUCUCUGUCUAUGAGAUCCAGAGGGAAAAAAGAUACAGGGAGCCUGAGCUAGUCUUGUUGGACAUGCAAUCAGUUCCAGCCGGCCUGGAGGGCUGGCUAGCCUUCGAUGUAACCUCUGCAAGCAACCACUGGCUUCUGCAUCCACGAAGCAACAUGGGCAUUCGACUGUACGUGGAAACGGAGGAUGACCGCUCAUUAUCUGCUGGCUGGGUGGGUUUGGUUGGUCGCAGAGGGCCACGGUCCAAACAGCCUUUCAUGGUGACUUUCUUCAGAGCCAGCCAGGCCCCCUGCCGUCCACCUCGCGCUCUCAGACACAACACACAGCGCAGGAGAAAAAACAAAAAUGAUCUCCCUCACCCGAACAGGCCAGGUUUAUUUGACCAUACUCCUGUGAGUAAUGGGAGACAGGCCUGUAAGAAGCACGAGUUAUAUGUCAGCUUCAGUGAUUUAGGUUGGAAGGAUUGGGUUUUGGCUCCUCCAGGUUAUUCAGCGUAUUAUUGUGAUGGGGAAUGUGACUAUCCACUUGGUUCCUGUAUGAACGCUACUAAUCACGCCUUGAUCCAGCUUGUGGUUCACCUUAUAAAACCUGACGAGGUACCUAAGGCCUGCUGUGCACCGACCAAACUCAGCCCCAUCUCUGUGCUAUUCUACGACGACAACAACAACGUAAUACUUAAGAAACAUCGAAACAUGGUGGUUAAGACGUGCGGCUGCCUAUAAACAUGUGUCUCUGUCUUAUUAAGUGGUGCCGGUCUACCACUGUCCCCUACUGCACUAUAUAUAUAUAUAUAUAUAUAUAUAUAUAUAUAUAUAUAUAUAUAUAUAUAUAUAUAUAUAUACAUAUAUUUCUCCUGGUGUAAAAAAUAAGCUAUUUUCAUAACAUCCAGUCAUUGCAAUUUGUAAUAAAUGAGAAAAAAAUGUCAAGAUUUCCACUGUAGUGUAACGUUAUAAUGAUUAUGGUUUAAUCCUAACACCCAGUAACCGAGCAAUCAUUACCGAUUAUCAGAACACAUUCAGCUGACUGGAAUAAGUUUAAUUGUGCAGAAUGUCUUGCUAGCACUUCAUGUGAGUGAGACGGCCAGCGUGUGUGUGUUUAUAGUGUGUUUUGUAGGUGGAAUGAAAUACUUUUAUAUUAUUAAUAUAAUUUAACUAACAUGGACAGCUAAAGACGUGUGUUCUUAUUUUCUUAUUGUUUUCUAGUAUCUUCAAUUUCUGUACACUAAACUAAAACACAAAACUCACAGCCUGAGGUUGUAUUUUAUUGCAUUCUUUGACGGGACAGAUAAACAAAAUUUAACAAUUUAAGAUUCGUAAUGUAAUGUUCACAACAUUUGCUGUCUCUUGACUUAUCGAUUGAUUCUGUGACUGUCAAUAGCCUACAAUAGAAGUACAAAAGGAAAAAAAAUAAUAAUUUGAAUCUCUUUCUUUCUCAAAAUCUUUGUCAGUCCGUGCAAAGCGUUCUGUGUUUUAUACUGCGAUUGGUUUUCAGAUUGCAUUGCAUUAAAUGGACAAUAAAGUAUAUUUCUUAAAUUCUGCUACUUGCGAUUGAUCGUGUCACUUUACUAGGAUGUACCCCAUUGCUGAGCACACAUUGUAAUUGUGUUUUUUUCCCAUGCUGUUCCAGGAAAUGGUUUAAUAAUGUAAGGCUGGUUUUCCAGAUGCAGAUUAUGCUAGUGUUAGUGUCUCGACUAAAUUGCACUGCCACUGGGGAGUAAAUACAUAAAUUCUCAGUCUACAGGAACUUGGGUUCAUUUGUGUUCAGAAAAGCAUCCAAUGUGUCAGUUAUGCCACAGUAAGCAUAAUAACCGGACUUGGAUAAAUAGAUGCCAUGCAUAAUAUACUAUUUUUCUCUUUGUUUCCUCUUAAUUAUCCCAUGCUCUCCACAUAACAAAAGUUGUUUUCUUGUUAUCACGAUUUAAAUUUCGCGCGAUCCUGACAUCAACAUUGUUUCCUCGUGAUCACGACUUCAUUUUUCGGUGUAUUCGGCAAAUAAUCAUGUUUUAGAGGCAGCAGCAUCACAGCAUCAUGGAUGAUCGCAUUUACUUUGAUCAGGGACAGUGAUGGACAGAAACGAAUUAAAUGUAAUUUUCUGUGAUUGUACUGAAAAUGUUCUGGACUGAGACUCAGUAAGGAGAAUCUCCAGUGCAGCUUAAAAAGCUCCUUUAAAAGACAUUA